AUGGCAUGCCAGUCAGAGCCAGCACACGCUGAGAGCACAGAAGUGAAGACUGCAAGUGAAGACUAUGGUACAGACCUCCUUGAGAACAAGCUCAGUGUGGAGGAUUUUGUGAAGAUACAGCAGGUCUUUGAGUCCCAAGAUCCAAGCCAAACCAUUUGUGUGCCCAGAGAAGUAUUUGUACAGAAGAUGACAGAGACUGUGGGUUGGGGCACAAAAGAAGAAUAUGGAGAACUCUUUGACAAAGUGGAUGUGUCCCAGGAUGGCUUCAUUGACUGGGACAAGCUGACUUCAUUUAUACUGUUAUCACUUUCUGAGAGAGAUGAACGAGCAAAGGCAACAGUCAUUCCCCAAUGGAAGGACCUUGAAUUCCUCCCAGGAAAACACAAGGACACCAUUCAGAAAAUAGUUUUCUUAAAAAGUUCAAGUCGUUACUUAACUAUUAGCAAAGAAGGCUUACUAGGAAUCUGGGGGGAGAACUUGAAGUUGCAAGAAACACUUCCUAUCACAUCAGAUGCUAUCAAACUCAAACACCUGUGGGUGACAGGUUUGGUUUCUCUGGAAAAUGUUAACAAGAUAGCAGUAGCUUUUACAAGCAAAGAGAUUUGUUUCUAUGAUCUACUAUCCAAAGAAGAGUUUCCUUGUCAAUACAAACUCCAAGGCCUUCGAGGAGCUCCCAUGUGCAUGGAUUAUUGGUACGAUCCUAUUGAUCCAAAAGACUCCAUCCUUUCAUUUGGGGAUAUAACCGGAAGGGUUCAAGCAAUUGCUUUCACAGCAGCAGUAAUUUCCCUCUUUGAACGGCCUGCUAAUGCAUGUGAUGAUGAAGAAGCCACCAUGACCAUCGACUGGGCAGAGCUGGUCUCUGGAUGUCACAAGUGUUGUCACGUGUUACAGCACACAACUCAUCAUGGAGACUGGGUCAGGCAAGUUACUUACAAUGCUUCUUUAGAUGCUUUCAUUUCCAGUACAAUGAGCAGUACAAAUACUGUGGUGCUGGCAUGGAGAGAAAAGUCAAAAAAACUCCUUAAAAUGACAUCUUUCAACAUUGCCCAGGGCAUUCAUGCUUUUGAUUACCACUCUCGGCUCAAUUUAAUUGCAACUGCUGGCAUCAACAAUAAAGUUUACCUUUGGAAUCCCUAUGUCCUGUCUAAACCGGUUGGUGUUCUAUGGGGCCAUUCAGCCAGUGUCAUAGCAGUUCAAUUCUUUGCUGAGAGAAAACAACUUUUCAGUUUUUCCAGGGAUAAAGUUUUGAGACUCUGGGAUAUUCAACACCAGCUGUCCAUUCAAAGGAUAGCUUGCUCUUUCCCCAAAAGUCAGGACUUCAGGUGCCUUUUCCACUUUGAUGAAACCCACGGACGACUUUUUAUCUCCUUCAAUAAUCAGCUUGCCUUGCUGGCCAUGAAAAAUGAAGCCAGCAAGAGGGUGAAGAGCCAUUUGAAGGCAGUCAGUUGUGUCCUUUACAAUUCGCUCCUGAAACAGGUAAUCAGCUCUGAUGUAGGGUCUACUGUGUCCUUUUGGAUGAUAGAAACUGGGCAGAAAAUCAAACAGUUUGCUGGUUGUCAUGGCAAUGCAGAGAUCAGCACCAUGGCCCUGGAUGCAAAUAAGACACGGCUUUUGACUGGCAGCACCGAUGGGACUGUAAAGGUAUGGGACUUUAACGGAUAUUGUCACCAUACUCUUAAUGUUGGGCAAGAUGGAGUUGUGGAAAUUUCACAGAUCCUGGUUCUUAAGAAGACCAUCCUGGUUGUGGGCUGGGAGAGAGCGGUUACUGUAUUUCGCCCUCACAACUUUAAUCAGUUUUUCAUCCGGUCUGAAGAGUGGAAAGGGGGAGUCCAUCACCAAGACGACAUCUUGUGUGCUGCAUUUUUACCCCCGCAAACUCUUGCUACAGGGAGCUAUGAUGGAGAGAUUGUUCUGUGGAAUAACAAUACAGAAAAUGCACACCAUGUUCUUCACCCUGGUUACCAGAGACAGCUAGCAUCCAUGCGAGACCUAGAAGCCAAAAAGCUUAAUGCUGGCAGAAGCCGUGCAACUCACUGUGUGGCAGACCAGGCCAACCAGGCUGCCCUAAAUGUCAAGAUUGACACAGAAGGUAAUAAUGCUAUUAUGAGACUUUGCUUCCUUGAAGCAAGGAAAACCAAUGCAGCCACAGGAGGUGCUAAUCUGGUGUCAUGUGGAGCAUCUGGUUAUGUCAGGUUCUGGGAUACAUUUAAGAAAGUACUUCUGGCUGAAUUUUUGGCUCAUGCAGGAGUUGGAUCCAUUAUUAUGUCUACUGAUAAACUGAAUCAAUACCUUGCCACCGGAGAUCCUGAUGGAUGCUUGAAAAUCUGGAACAUAGAGGAGUAUUGUACUAAUUCCACUGAGAGCAAAGUCACCCAGACUCCAACUUUGCUCAGAUCACUUCAGCCUCACGAGGACCGGAUAAGCUCCUUGGAGAUGUGUGAGUCUGGUGGUCAUUUGCUUAUUAUUUCCUCCUCUGCAGACUGCAGUGUCUGUGUGACUGGACUUUCCAAUGCUCCUGCCUUGAUCUUUGGUCAGGCAAGCCAUUGGAAUAUUGAAAACUACUUUUCUCUUCCGAAGAGAGAUACUAAUUUAGUAGAAAGUAAGAUUCCAGAGGAAAACACGGAAAUAAAGCCUUUAUUCUCUGAAGAGGAGUCAAGCUUAGACUCAGCAGAAGAGAGUCUACUGACGGGGGAAAGCAGAGACAAUUCAACACACGCUACAAGAUCAUCAGAAGAAAUGAAUUUCAGUCUAAAAUGUAAGAGGAGAAAUAUCUUUAAGAACAAAACACAUAAACCUUACUAUGGUGAAAUUAUACAAAAAUCAACCAGCACAUUUGGGUCCUUAAGCCUUAGAAACCUGGAAGAGCUGCCGGAAGUGAAGAAGCCUGCAUUUCUUCUAGACCCCGACAAAUACUUUAAGGAAGAGCCCGAAGAGGAUGAAUCCCAAAUUCCAGAGCUUCCUUUGCUCUCUGAGACUUUGAAAGCUGUAUUUGAUGAGAAAAGCCUAUUCCCCAAAGAACUUCUCUAUCGUGAAAGACAAGACAAGGCAUUGUGUCAAGAAACAAAUGGUGAAACAAAGAUAAAGCGAAACAAGAAGCGAUUAUGA